AUUCGUUUGCUAUAGAAACAUAAACACGUCAUAUUGACACCUGACAUUUGUUUUACGUCUUACAAAAGCUUCAAAGGUGUAAUUCGAUAAAUAAAUUUUCAUAACACGCAGUUAUUAAGGAAAAAGAUAUUUAGUUUUUGCACCAAUGUCAAAGUAAUACAUCUUAAUCGUAAUCAAAUAAUUUACAACCAAUUUGUGUCGCUGUUUUCGUUAAAAAAUCUUUACCAUGCUAAUGUACGCCAGUUUAAUUUUACUAAUAAGCCUCAGCUCGUACGUUAUAACAAACGAAAAUAUUAAUAUAACACAAUGUUAUUACUCCAAGUUCAUGCUUUACUUUUUUUAUAUUAAUGACAUUUCUUUCACACGCUCAUUUGACAACAGUAAAAAUUCAUUUACCGAGGAAGAUUUGAAAAUUCACGGCGAUUAUCUACAACGAAGUCUGGGCGAAACCGUCCUGGCAAUGCUCGAUGAACUUAAUCGUGAAAAAAACAAUUGCGGUCUGCCAGAAGAUUUGAUGACGAUAAAUUUAUACUUGAACAACGUCCUGGGAACGUUGUUGGUAAGAAAAUUCGACGGGAAAUGCAUAAUAGCAGGUGACCAAUUCAAUGUGUACUAUAAAAAAGAACUUGAAAAAAUCUAUAGUGAAAUUAUCACUGUCAUCAUGAAAAGUAUCAAUAAAAUAUGCCCCCGAAAGUAUAGCGAUAUGGAAUCUACGGUUCAGAAAAAUUCGUUAACCAAGUACCAUUCGCAAGUUGAUCCGAAAUCGGCGGAAGGCGUCCACUACGAUGAGCUCAACGAUUUGUUGCCGAAUAGUUUAAAAAAACCCAUUGAGUAUCGCGUAAACAAGGACAUUGUGAAACAACAGAUGGAACACGUCCACGACAGCACCUUGGAGGCGAUGCACGUCGUCGGGAGAAAAGACAGCACAUUAUCGAAUUUUCAUCCCAGAACAAUGUUGUUCUACGACCUGUUGUCUGACGACCAAAGGAAAAUCGUGGAAAAUGCCGACCUCGAUUUGCUAACCGGUGAGGCGAGCGAACCGGAAUACAAGUUACUUCUGAACGUCACACUGGACGCACAACUCGAAGACGGAAACCUUGCAACCAUAGCUGAUCUGUUCGAGAUGAUGAAACGCGUGUUCGACGUCAAUUGUCUUAUCACGUAUCAGCAACAAGUCUUGGCGGCCACGGUACACCCCUUGUUGAAGUUGGUCGGUGAGUAUUUGCUUUUGGUGAAAAACAUGUCUAACGCGACUGACAAAGAUUCGGAAAUCAAAGAUUUGGGUACUUCCGUCCUUCAGGUAUUCGACAAAUUCAUCCAGCUAAAAAUUUUACCGGAAAAAGUGCAAAGACAUUUGAGCAUUACCCGCGAGGAAUUCAAUAACCUGAUCAAUUGCCCGCGGAAAGAAAACCUACAAAAAGCUCGCCCGGAAUGGAUCGACACGGUUUUCAGACGUUGCUCCAACCCGAUGGUAUUUAACAAAUUGAAUUUCCUCCGCCAUGAUCACACGAUGAACUUGGAAACUGAAAAAGAUUGCAACAAUGUCAUCGGUGCGCUAAAAAACACUACCGCCACUAUUAAAAAGUACGUUGGAAAAUUGGGCAACUACAAAAAAUUGUACGACGUUGUUGUAAAUUGGAAUACAUUCGUGUCAUACGAAAACAUGUUCCAGAAAAACAGCGGCGACGAAAAAUACUGCGACAUUGUAAAGAAUAAUAAAUGUGGUUAUAGCAUUAUUAUGUCCGAAGACAAAGAAUGCUGCCAAUCACAAGAAAACCAUGAUGAUCUUUUGCUGAAAGUUUAAACGAAUUCAAUUUUUUUUUUAAUGAAUUAACUACAUUUAAAUAUUCUAAGCAAAUUCGUCAGACCACUUGUAAAAAUUUACGCAAAGCUACUAUGAUUUUUAAUUCGCCAAUAACUGAUUUACAAGUUACAACAAACUAAAAAUACUUCUAGAAUUGUAGAAAUUUUCUAUAUAUUUUUAGUUUCUUGUAAGUCUUAACGGGUUUUUCUAGAAUAUUAAAUGCAAUUAAUUCUUUCUAAAUAAUUGUCAUUACAUUGUUUUCUUAAAAAG